AUGUUGAGAUUCGUUCCUAGACUUGCUCUUAGAGCUCCGUUGAGAGUUUCCUCGAGACAGCUUCCGUUGGCGUCCAGAGCUGGUGCUACAUGGACAAGACCGUUUCUGACGGCAGAACCAAUGGGUUCUUAUGAACAGAAGAUCUAUGAUAUCUUGAAGGACCACUUUGAUCCGCUGACGUUGCAGGUGAGAGACAUUUCUGGUGGUUGCGGUUCGAUGUUUGCUAUCACCGUGGAGAGCUCCAAGUUCAAGGGCAUCACUAUGAUCAAACAACACCGGUUGGUGAACGAAGUGUUGAAGGACGAAAUCGCCCAGUGGCACGGCCUCCAACUUAAAACUAAAGCUGCAUAA